CCACCUCCACCUCAUCCGUUUCCUCUUUUCCUCCGCCCGCCCUCUUUCCCUCCUCUCUCCCCAUCUCCGAAAUGGCCGACACUCCGCCACGCCCGGUUGAGGGCCCCUCGAAAUCUAGCUUGCUGCCCGCAAAGUCAUGGCACCAUUUCGUUGCUGGCGGGCUCGGUGGCAUGUGCGGUGCGAUUGUCACGAGCCCAUUUGACGUGGUCAAGACGCGAUUGCAGUCCGACCUGUUCCGCGCGAAGCAUGUGGGAUUGAGCAUAGAGGGGAACGGUGCCGCCACCGUCGCGGUCAGACGAAAUCUCUUAUGGCAUUUCGUAGAGACUGCGCACAUCAUCCGGGAUAUAUACCGAGAAGAGUCGCCGCGAGCUCUCUUCAAAGGUCUCGGCCCCACCCUCGUCGGUGUCGUCCCCGCGCGCUCUAUCAACUUCUUCACCUACGGGAACGGCAAGCAGAUCAUUGCCAACAACUUCAACCAUGGCCAAGAAAACUCAUGGGUACACCUUGCCGCCGCCGCCAUCGCUGGGGUCGCGACUGGCACCGCGACCAACCCCAUAUGGGUCGUCAAGACGCGUCUACAGCUCGACGCGCACAAGCCCGACAUUGCUGGGGGGAAUUCGUUUUUUGGGGGCUCGGUGGCUAUGGUGAAGAAGAUAAUGAGAGAGGAAGGCGUGCGCGGGUUCUAUAAGGGCUUGAGCGCGAGCUAUCUGGGCGUGACGGAGGGGACGAUCCAGUGGGUUCUGUAUGAGCGGCUGAAGAAGCUCACGGCAGGGACGCAGGGGAAGGGUGGGGCGCUGGAAUGGUUUGGCAUGAUUGGCAGCGCGGGGACGGCGAAGUGCGUUGCGUCGUUGGUAACAUAUCCUCACGAGGUUUUGCGAACGCGACUCAGACAGCCUCUUGUGGAUGGCAAGGUCAAGUAUACUGGCCUUUGGCAGACAUUACGCCUCGUCAUCGCAGAAGAGGGCGUUGGGUCAUUAUAUGGUGGUCUCAGUGCACACCUUAUGCGUGUCAUCCCCAAUGCCGCGGUCAUGUUCUGCAUCUAUGAGGCUGCAUUGCGUAUGACAUGAGUUUCUGCUCGGUCCUCUUCGGUUCUGCAUUCCACUGGCACAUUGCCCUUGGAACUUUAUGCUCUCUCCGCACGUGCUAUCGACUACACUGUAUCCCAGGUAUAAUGGCCCAUCACCGCACCGCUCACUUAGAACGUAUCUUAGAUCGACACAUGUAUUAUACGUUACACCAUCACACUUACACUGGAUAAUCUUCAUCACUGGUACUCGAUUGGCAUCCAUAGGUAGUAUAUGAGAAUUAUAUUUUCC